AUGUAUGAGUGCUCAUCGACAAAUACUUCAGACUUUGCUACCAGCAACAAUCUCGGCGUCUGGUUCGAUCAUAUAAUAAUACGAACAAAGUUAACCGCCAUCACCUUCUUUCGUGAGAGGUACAAAAAGCCAGGCAUUGUGCUGCAGAGUGUGAAGUUGACUGUCGAUCAACUCCCUGCUGGCAGGAUUACUCUGGCCGGAGAUGCUGCUCACUCCAUGACGCCGUUUCGAGGAGAGGCCGGUGUCUGCGCACUUACAGAUGGCUUGAGGCUCGGCGAAGCCAUCAAAAGCAUCCACGAUGCUCGAGGACAAGGUCCUGAUGUGGUGAAGUACAUCGGAGAGUAUCGCGACGAUAUGAUUUCCAGAGGAACAAGAGCCAUCAGCGUAUCCAAUCCAGUACUUGAGGAUCAUUCCAAGGAUGCUGAAAAAGGGUGGAUUUGGAAGAUGGUCUGGGCCGUUGCAAACGGCCCUUCCACCUACUUACACCCAACGGAGGAAUCGUGGGCUACGCCCACCAACUUCCUCCUUACACAGAUAUACGCAGUUCAAUACCAAGAUUAUUGA